UCAUCGGACUGAGAAGGACUUUCAGCUUCUUCUUCCAGAAGGAAAAGCUAAAGGGCACCAGCUUCUUCCUGGGAGGCAUUCUCAUUGUGCUCCUGAGAUGGCCUCUUCUGGGCAUGUUGCUGGAGACCUAUGGCUUCGUCACCCUCUUCAGGAAUUUUUUCCCAGUCAUUUUUGGAUUUCUGGGAGCUUUGGGAAAUAUUCCACUGCUGAGCAAGGUCUGGGCCAGCCCGGGAUGAAUCCCUUGAGCUCCAUGCUCCUGCUUCUCUUCUUCUCCAAUGCUCCUUUCGGGGAACCCACAGAAAGAUAUCUCCCCCUCUGGAGCCCUCGACACACAGGUGACCAUUUCAAACACCUGGCCAGCCCGGCCCACUGGGAUCAAGCCAUUCCUUGCUCAGAAAGCAAGCCCAGCCCUGGGAAGGCAGAACCGAAAUCCAUGCCGCCCCUGCUGUGCAAGCCUCAGGAGGAGAGCCAGGUCCAGCUGGGGCAAGGGAUCCAUCCAGCCAGAAGCAGAGCCAUCUCUGUCCUCCAGGGCUCCCCGCUCAUGGAGCGGGAGAAGGAUCUCUCCGCCUACAACUGGAACUCAUUCGGCUUGAGAUAUGGCAAGAGGCAAGUGGCCACCGGGGAAGCCAAGGUGAAAAUAUUGUGA